AUGUCAUAUACUCAAAAGCACACUGAGUUUCAUUUAAUUAAAUUUACGGGAUUAAAACUCGUGUUUAAUUGGUUCGGGUUUCAAACUGGGGUGAACAGAGUUCAGCAACGUUCAUUGACUCCUCCUCCUUUACCACCAAAGCUUGUUACAUUGAUGGACACUAUUGCACAAGCGAGGAUUUCAUCAUGUAAAGGGGCUUGUAGAAAAAUUGUGCCUGUUGCAGUAUACUUGGUUCCGGGAAAAAUUGGACAAUCAGUUGAAUUACAAAAAAGAAAUGUAUUGGGAGUUUGUACUGGAACUGUAGCACCUAUUGUAACAACGACUGAGGCAAGUGGGUCGAUAGCUCGACCAGACACCUGUUCUCCGUUAAGAGUAAAAGUUAUAAGAUGUGGAGUAAUAAGUGGAUCAGGGUUCAUUAUUACAGAGAAUGUAUCUUCUACGCCAGGACAUGGACCAAAAAGAGAAAAAAGAGACUCUCUUUUAUGA